CCGAAACAAAUCUGACUGAGGUUUCAAUCAGGAAGUAAAAAUAACUUGACUGAAUAAUGUCUCAGUAAAAUUUAAAUUUACUGACAAUGGUGGAAAAUUACCACUGGAUUCCUUCAACGAAUAAAUAUGGUGUCGCAAUCUGCAACUACCAAGGAAGUGGUGGACACUGUUUACCUCUGUGUGUUGGAGAGACGGUCCACAUACUGGAGCAGUAUGGUGUAGGAAGAACAGCAUGGUUCAGAGGGACCACAUAUAGAAACAAGGAUAAAUUGGGCAUAUUUCCAGCAUGUAUCAUCCACAUCAAGCCUUGCAAAGUAGAAAAUGAAGGGUUUUAUGAAACGGUCACAUCAACAGAGGACCAAAUGGUGUGUGAAGUUGCCGAUGUCCUGUGGGAGUGGAGUGCAACUUGGAAACAUAUCGUAAAUAGCACCCGUCAAAGCCAGCUGUUGAGAAUGAAGAUAUUUCACAAUGUUGAAGAGCUGACUAUAUUACGUAGCGAGUUGCUGAACUGGCGCCACACUAGGGCAGAUCUUGCUGACAUGAAACGUGAUAUUGUUGGUAUCAUUGACUGGGGAAAUGGGAAACUUGGAAUGGAUCUGGUUCCCCGAAUCAAUGGUGAGCAGGUGGAUGUGGACAGAACCAGUAUCGUCCAGCUGUACCGAGUACAUGUGAACAGUGCUGAAAUAGCUCAGGAUGACAAGCCAAAGAGCAGAGCCAGGAAGUCAACGAAGUCCAGUAAAGGGGAGACAAUUGCAGAAUUGGGGAACAUUUCACACCAUUUGUUAGUUAGCUUUAAGAACUUUGGCUGUAAUGUUGGUGAUCCAACUGAAACCAUGCUGUCCCUCUACCAGUACAAAGAUAACAAACUGGUCUGUCUUACUGAGCAGUUUAUGGUCAAGUACACAAAGCUUGGAAUGCCUGAAGAUGCUGACAAGGUGGACAACUACUUUGGCCUGUUUACGGAUCUCACUAGUGAUGAGCUGGAAAAAGAGCUUUACCUUGUUGCUCACAUAUACAGAAUAGGCAAGAUGUUACAAGAGAACACAAGACGGGGCUGCAAGAACUGCUUUAAGAGGCCCUGGGGAGUUGGUGUUGUGAGUUUCAACAUUUCAAAGCUGCCCUCUGGCUUCAAAGAAUGGGAAUACCAGAUUAAAGUUCAAAAUUUUGCUGAUACCAGCAGUGAGAAUUUUAUAAACUACCACGAGUUGCUGAUAUCAAAACUGCAAGCUGGCAAUGCGAACAAUAGCCUGCCUACCAGUCAGGCUGCUUCUAGCAAACUUGGGCUAACGCUGACGGUGUCAGUGCAGGUGUUGCAUGGGGACCUUGCUUCCAUCAAGAAGGAGAACCCACUGUUGUUCGGGCGAGGGGUGGCUCACAUACAGAAGAUAGGCUUUUCCGAUGUUAUCUCCCCAGGUGAGAUCCGGAAUGACUUUUACGUGACCUUGAGGAAAGCUGACUUGGAACGUGGAAACAAAACGUCCGGGAAAAAUGUUGAGGUCAAUGUUACUGUACUGUCCGAAUCAGGAGAUCUCAUUGAGAACUGCAUUGAGUAUGGUUGUGGGGAACCGAUGCAGUCAGAAUAUAAUAGCUCUGUGUUUUACCAUAGCAACCAUCCUGAGUGGACGGAAACUAUCAGGUUGUGUAUUCCCAUUGAAACAUUCCCUCGGUGCCAUGUGUGUUUUACUCUGUACCACUGCUCAGUGUCUCACAGCAAGAAGGAGAAACGAGAACCAUAUGGGUUUGCUUUUUUUCGGGUGACCAAUUCAUCGCAGAUUGUCAUCAAGGACGGGAUACAUUCUCUCUGUGUCUACCCGAUAAAUGAGAAACAGAGGAGUGACAUGCGCAGUUUUGACAAGACCAAGUACUUCAAGAACCCUUUCCUAUUGGACGAUCUAAACGACCCCAAGCCAAUCAACCUCAUUCCAAGAAACAUACAAUUCAAGGCCAAUGAGCGUGAAUCUCUGACAGUAGAAACCCUAUUGUGUUCAGGAAAAUUUACACAAAAUGGUCACUUGCCGAGUAUCCUCAACUGGCGGGGACAGGAGUUCCGACCCAGACUCAGUGAAAACCUUGAGGUCUUGUGUACAAUAGAGGGAGCGGAGAUUGUCAAGUUUCUCCAUGACAUUCUUGACGCACUGUUCGACAUGAUGAUGGAUGAGGAUGCCAAGAAAGACUGCUCAGCUCAGAUCUUCAGGGCGCUUAUCUAUAUUUUCACACUGAUACACCAUGAGAGGUUCAAGAUGUUUAAGCCUGUCUUGGAAUCCUAUGUCACAGACACAUUCUCUGCUCUCCUUGUACACGAACCUCUGUGUCGAUGUUUUAAAGAUCUGAUAGAAGAUGCCUGCAAGCUCCCAAGUAAACAAAACUUGCAACUUAUACAGAGUUUUGAGGUAAUGGAUUUCAUCUUCCACUUCAUUGUAAGAUCAAGGAAAUUACAGGAGAAGAACAAGUUCUCAAGUGGGUCACAGGAUGCCAAACUCUUUAGGGACAAUCUACAUGACUUCUUUGUUGCCAUAGGAAACCUGCUUGCUUUGUCGCACAAUUCAAUACAGUGCUACCAGCUCAACAUCCUGAGUCAUCUGCACCUGAUGUACGAUCCACUGCUUGAGGUGCUCGGGGAUGGAGAGCUAGCAGGCCUGAUAAACCUUGCCCUUCAACACAUGCCCCCUGUCAAUGCCCUCCCGGACGAAAUCACCAAGGUGAAGCUAGAACUGCUCCGCAGAACUGUGGCCACCAGGCUGUUCUCAUGUGAUGAGUCUAGGAGUGUGUUGGUGGGUCUGUGUAUGGUAGAGGUACAGAGCUGCUUGCAGGUAAAGCACCAGACCUGUCUUGCCAUCCAGCUCCUCUCAGACGUUAUGGACCAUAUCUUCUCCCUACACCAGAGCUUCCAUUCCAAUCGCCUCAUUGAUGUUGGGGAGGUAAAGAUAGAGGAGGACAUUCAAAGCCUCGUUGAGUCGAUGUUCGAUGUGAUAAUGAACACCAUUCUUCAGCUCAGCACGCAGCCACAUGCCAUGGGUGCCCUGAUUGCAUGCCUGCUAGAGCUGUUGCGCCUUAUGGAGAAUGAACACUAUGAGGCCCUGCUGCACAUUCUUCACCGUGGCCAAGAUCUUAGAGACUUCCUCAUGCACAUUCUGGGGGUGUUCAGGGUGCUUGUCAACCCAGAUAUCUUUCCUAAGGACUGGGCUGUGAUGAGGAUGGUUACAAAUCAUGUUAUAUUCAAUUCUAUGGCCUACUUUUCCAAUGCUCUAACAGACAAGUUUCUGACUGAGGAGAGGUUUAACACAGAGGUGUGGAAUGUAUACUUCAACCUGGCAGUGUCUUUCAUCACCCAGCCCGGUCUCCAACUAGACCAGUACUCACAUGCCAAGGCAGAGAAGUUCAGAGACAGGUACCAAGACAUGCGGGUGUUGAUGGGCAUCCAGGUGGAGAGCCAGUGGAACUCCCUCGGCAUUCACCGUGCUAACUUCAUACCCGACCUUGUUGGGCCUUUCCUGCGACUCACCCUCGUUCCUGAACAGGAAGUAAGAAAGGUCACUCUGCCCAUCAUCGUGGACAUGCUGGAGUGGGACCAGAGACAGCAUGGUAACUUUGAACAGGUUGAGGGAGCUCUGAUUGAAAGACUGGAUGAGUUAUUAACCCAGCAACAUUCCGGAGAUGAAAACUACAAAAAUCUCUUCCACCAAAUAUUGUUGGAGCGUGUGCAGUCGGAGCCAAACCUGCAGGAGAAUGGCCCUCAGUUUGUGUUGUCCGUCACCCACCUACUGGAACGCCUUCUUGACUACAGGCAAGUGGUUGAUGGUGAUGAAAACAAGGACAAGAGGAUGCACUGCACAUUUAAUAUACUGAACUUCUACAGAGAUGAGAUCAAGCGUGAGGAGAUGUAUAUUCGGUACGUGAACAAGCUACAUGAGCUGCAUAUGGUGGCUAACAACCACGCUGAGGCCGGUCUCACACUACAGCUGUAUGCAAAGGUAUUGCAUUGGAGUGACAACAUAUUGCCGGCAGAGAUGAACUAUCGGGAACAGCGGGAACAGGACAGGAAGGAAAUGCUCUAUAUGCAGAUCAUCAACUCGUUUGAUCGCGGAAAAGUCUGGGAAUACGCCCUACCUUUGUGUAAAGAUCUUGCAGAAUAUUACGAGAGGAAUUUCAGCUAUAAGAAAUUAGGCGAUAUUUUGAAGCAGCAGGCAUGUUUUUACCAGAAGAUUUUGGAGGGUUCCCCCAGUGAGGACCCAGACAGCACGGACACAUUCUACCCUCGUGUGGACCCUGCCUACUAUAGGGUGGCAUAUUACGGGCAGAGUUUCCCUGCCUUUGUCAGGAACAAGCAGUUCAUAUACCGGGGAGAUGAAUGCUUGAAGCUAGACACAAUAAAGAACCACCUGACAGCAGAGUUCCCCCAGGCCACAAUCAUGUCCCACAACAACCCACUCAGUGAGGCGUACAAGGACGGCCAUCAACAGUAUAUUCAGAUCUGCAGUUUGAAGCCUGUCCCAGGACAGCGGACUGAGUUUCUGGGCAAGAAUGUGCCCCAGGAGAUACGCAACUUCUACACAAGUAAUGAGGUGGAUACAUUCCAGUUUGAUCGGCCAUACCACCGUGGUGAAAAGGAUAAGAUAAAUGAGAGCAAGACUCUCUGUAUAGAAAGAACCAAAAUGAAGACCGCAUACAAGUUUCCUGGAAUACUGCGCUGGUACGAGGUGAUAGAAAUAGAGGUGGAGAUGUUAUGUCCCAUUCGGGUUGCCAUAGAAACACUCAAAACAUACAACAGUGAGCUUUCUCUGCUCAUUGAUAGAUGUCAGGGGAAUCCUAAACUGUUUUUCCCACAAUUGGAGAUGCGGUUGAAGGGGAUGAUCAGUGCUAAUGUGAUGGGGGGCAUCGCAAAGUACCAUCAGGCAUUCUUCACAGAGGAGUUUGAGAGAGAUCACCCAGAUGAGGCCGUGUACCUGGACCAGCUUAAACAGCUGCUGCAUGAGCAGGUGCAUGUGUUGGCACCUGGGAUGCAGAUGCACGAGAAACAUGUACCCCCGAAUCUCAUGCCCCUGCAUAAAAACCUGGAAACAGAGUUCGAGGAAAUGAAGAGGACUGUAGCUCAGCAUGGUUCUUUGUACACAUCCCAGACGAGCCUGGUAGAGCAGGAUACCAACAGGGGAUCGGGCUCAUCAAGUGCCAGAUCUUCGUUGUUCUCAGAUGAUGAACUCAGCCUGACAAACUCACAGGAUGUCCCAUUUAACUUUGCGCCUUCGGAGCGUUGUAGACGGAGUUAUGUCCCGUUCCCGGAGGAGUGUAGCCUUGGGAUGGGGCCACCCCCUGUCCCCCAGAGGCCUCUGUCCAUGCUGCUGCCUCAUGAGGUCAGUCUCAGUCAGCGCUCUGGUCUGGACAAGAAGAUGGGAAGCGAUCCUAGCUUUCAGGGCCACAAAACAGAAUCCCACAUGAGGGGAUCAAUCUCAACAGGGCAUAUGCACUCGAAAGUUCAACGAACCUCAUCCGCCAUCAACACCAAAACAACACCUGCAGUUCCUGAGAGACAGAGGAAAUUUUCAGAUGAACCUAUUUCAGCAGUUCCAGCCAUUCCAACAACAUUCCAUGGAUCUUUAGGCAGGACAGAAAAAAUACCUGAGGAGAGCUAUGAGGAUUCUGGGAAACCAACACUUCCACCCAAAAAAACCAAAUCAUCUAUGUCACUAAAAAAGGACCAGACGCAGGCUUAUCCCAAGAUCAGUGGUACUGAUCUGCCUACUUCACCAUUGGCUGAUGGCCCAGACAUCCCGCCCCUUCCUCCAAGGCAGGGGUCAAUCAGCUCAGAUACCAUAGGGUUGCGAUCCCCGGACCAUGCCACAUCAAUGUCAAGGCCACCUGACCUUACCAUAUCUACGGGUACCAGACCCACAUUCGACCUGACAAGCCCACAGCAGUCACCUCCUGCACAAGCAGUAACUACUAGACACCGAGGGCCAUUAGCUCCCCAACGACCUCCAUCAAAUCACAGUCCUGGUGCUGGCAAAAACAGAAAUUUUAGGGAGAAUGACGAUAAAUUGACAUCCCCCUCAACAGCCCCACCGAUUCCUAGCAGAUUGGGAUCAAAUGUUCCUCGGAUACCCAGCCCAAGACCUCGUAUAAAUCAAUCUUUGGCAGUCCCAAAGAAAUCAGAUGAUCAUUCUACAAAUUUGUGAUCAAUUUAUGAUUGCAAAAAAUUACACAAAAACAAAUGAAAAGAAGUGUCACAGUAGAUGUGAAUAAUUUGUACAAUUUGUGUUAUAAGUGUAUAAUAUAUAUAUAUUAUUAGAACAAAAUUGAAAUAUUCUGGUUGAAGAUCAGUGUCCUGCAGUUUUGACAGGCUUUUAAAGAUUUUCUCACUGGAAAAGGUAUUGACUGAAAAAUAUAAGCCUGUUUUUGAGUUACACAAAUAAGUGGUCAAUUGUGUGUGAUUGUUUAUUUUGAAAAAUUGUGAUGUCCUGAAAUCUGCACAAAGGGGCAAAGAUGUGGGCAAUCAAUAAGGCCUACUUUAAGCUACCAGGUAACAGUUAGAAGCAGUACCUGGCAUUUUUUACAUUAAACCCAAUAAAUGCUUUUUAUCACUCUUAAUUGAAUGCCAUCCCGAUAUCAGCUUAAAUACUCUCAUUCAUUGUAACAAUGAGGUGAAUAUAGUGUGUUUGAUGAAAAUGAUACAAUUUGAUAGCAAAAAAAUCGACCACAUGAAGGCCGAUUUCAAUCUAAAUUAUGACCAUUUCCUUGUUAAAAAUUAAAAUACAGCAAUAAUAUUAUUUUCUCAUUUGAAUUGCUUCUUGGAAUUUUGCGAUAUUAUUACCCCUGAGGUUUCCAAAAAUAAAACUAGACGAGCAUGUGUUUGUAUGAGUUGUCUCCAUUAAUAAACCAAAUAAUCAACAAAAAUCAAGGUGAAUUUUGUAUUCAGGAUGUGGACAUCGGUGUUGCAUUUCUACCUUUUUUUAAUCAAGCAAUUUAAUGAAAUCCAUUCCUGAAAGUUUGUCGCACAAUUAUUGAUACAAUAAUGACAAAAUAUGUUUUUGGGGAAAACCCGAUAGCUAUAAAUAAAUAAGGAAAUUGGUCUUGGUAGCUUGAGAUUAACUGCGCAUGCAUAUUGACACUACACAUGCAGUCAAUACCAUGUGACUAUGAUGUAUGUGAGAAUGUUUGUACUUUUGAACCAAUCACAAAAUCUGCAUGAUUCUUUUGAAACAAAUAACAUUCAAGGCAAAAUGACACAUUUUUUAUGAAUUUACAUGAACAAUUGCCAAGAACAAAAUAAAUGGAGGAAAAAAAAUGACGAUUGUUGGCUACUGUUCUCCAACCAGUUACUGUUUUUAUUUUUAAUGUCAUUAAUUCAUGUUACUGAUUUUUUACAAUAAAUCUACAACAAUUUGUUUAUUAUAUAUUUUUUUUGAGAUUUUAUUCUGCAUAAUAAAUUUGUAUUGUGUGAUUUUAUAUUUAAAUACAGCAAUAGCUCAUAAUGUAUACACUAGUACAUGAGCUGAAUGUUAUUAUAUAUUGUUUUUAAAUCAUGAUAUUUUUUUCUACCAUAAUGUACUUAAAUGAUUCAAAGAAGAUAGCUAUUAAUUGUUUCUCAAUCUACGGAUGUGUACUUUUAGGACAAAUGUUGAUGCAUAUUCUGUUUACAUUCUAGGACAAAUGUUGAUGCAUAUUCUGUAAUACUUCCUAGGACAAAUGAUGAUGUAUUCUGUGCUACUUUUCAGGACAAAUGUUGAUGUAUUUUGUGCUACUUUCUAGGACAAAUGUUGAUGCAUAUUCUGUAAUACUUCCUAGGACAAAGGAUGAUGUAUUCUGUAAAACUUCCUAGGACAAAUGAUGAUGUAUUCUGUAAUACUUUCCAGGACAAAUGUUGAUGUAUUCUGGCUACUUCCUAGGACAAAUGUUGAUGUAUUCUUUGCUACUUUCUAGGACAAAUGUUGAUGCAUAUUCUGUAAUCUAUAGAAGUAGGAUGCUAGUAAAACUAACAAUUGUAUUUGCGCUCUCUGAUUUUGUCAAUUUAAUGAUCAAGUCUUCUUUAAAACUAGUGAUGAAAGUUCAAUGAAACUUGUAACAUAGACAGAUGGCCAUAUGCACAAGUGCAAUGCAUAAGAACCAUAAUCCUAUCUUGAGUGAUUGCUGAAUCUUCCACUUUCACAGAAUGUUUUCUUUAGGAAGCUGCUUCAUCAUGUCCAUAAUAAUGCUACAGUAAAAACAUUCACCUUCUACUGAUAUAUACCCUGGUAGGUCAGUUCAACCAUUCACUGUCUACUGAUGUAUACCCUGGCAGGUCAGUUCAAUCAUUCACCUUCUACUGAUAUAUCCCCUGGCAGAUCAGUUCAACCAUUCACUGUCUACUGAUGUAUACCCUGGCAGGUCAGUUCAACCAUUCACCUUCUACUGAUGUAUACCCUGGCAGGUCAGUUCAACCAUUCACCUUCUACUGAUAUAUAACCUGGUAGGUCAGUUCAACCAUUCACCGUCUACUUAUGUAUACCCUGGUAGGUCAGUUCAACCAUUCACCGUCUACUUAUGUAUACCCUGGUAGGUCAGUUCAACCAUUCACCUUCUACUGAUGUAUACCCUGGUAGGUCAGUUCAACCAUUCACCUUCUACUUAUGUAUAACCUGGUAGGUCAGUUCAACCAUUCACCUUCUACUGAUAUAUAACCUGGUAGGUCAGUUCAAUCAUUCACAGUCUACUGAUAUAUCCCCUGGUAGGUCAGUUCAACCAUUCACCGUCUACUGAUGUAUAUACCCUGGCAGGUCAGUUCAAUCUUUCAGAGUCUACUGAUGUAUCCCCUGGCUGGUCAGUUAAACCAUUCACCGUCUACUGAUGUAUACCCUGGCAGGUCAGUUCAACCAUUCACCUUCUACUGAUAUAUCCCCUGGCAGGUCAGUUCAACCAUUCAUCUUCUACUGAUAUAUCCCCUGGCAGAUCAGUUCAACCAUUCACCUUCUACUGAUGUAUACCCUGGCAGGUCAGUUCAACCAUUCACCUUCUACUGAUAUAUCCCCUGGCAUGUCAGUUCAACCAUACACCGUCUACUGAUAUAUCCCCUGGCAGGUCAGUUCAACCAUUCACCGUCUACUGAUGUAUACCCUGGUAGGUCAGUUCAACCAUACACCGUCUACUGAUAUAUCCCCUGGUAGGUCAGUUCAACCAUUCACCUUCUACUGAUAUAUCCCCUGGCAUGUCAGUUCAACCAUUCACCGUCUACUGAUGUAUACCCUGGCAGGUCAGUUCAACCAUUCAUCUUCUACUGAUAUAUCCCCUGGCAGAUCAGUUCAACCAUUCACCUUCUACUGACUUCUGAUAUAUCCCCUGGCAGGUCAGUUCAACCAUUCACCGUCUACUGAUGUAUACCCUGGUAGGUCAGUUAAACCAUUCACCUUCUACUGAUAUAUACCCUGGCAGGUCAGUUCAACCAUUCACAGUCUACUGAUAUAUACCCUGUCAGGUCAGUUCAAUCAUUCACAGUCUACUGAUGUAUACCCUGGUAGGUCAGUUAAACCAUUCACCUUCUACUGAUAUAUACCCUGGCAGGUCAGUUCAAUCAUUCACAGUCUACUGAUAUAUCCCCUGGUAGGUCAGUUCAACCAUUCACCGUCUACUGAUGUAUACCCUGGCAGGUCAGUUCAAUCUUUCAGAGUCUACUGAUGUAUCCCCUGGCUGGUCAGUUAAACCAUUCACCGUCUACUGAUGUAUACCCUGGCAGGUCAGUUCAACCAUUCACCUUCUACUGAUAUAUCCCCUGGCAGAUCAGUUCAACCAUUCACCUUCUACUGAUGUAUCCCCUGGCAUGUCAGUUCAACCAUUCACCUUCUACUGAUAUAAGCCCUGGUAGGUAUUACAAUUGCAGCCUUUUCAUGGACAAUGGGCGUUUGGGGGCAUCCAUUGCUUCCAGUGAUACCAUUGUUGAUCACACAUUGUCCUAUUUAGAGAGUAGGAAGAAUAUUUACUUGUACCAUACAUGUUAUUUUACUGAUUCUUUUUAAACAUGACUGUGUUUGUCUGACAAGUUUAAAGGUUAUGGGCAUGCUUCAUUUAAAUACUUUGUCAAUUACAAAUGUGCCUAGUUAUCCAGACUAAUUAUCAAAUACUAUAAUUAUGUUAAUGUUUUGUGUAUAAUUAUGUUAAUGUAUUGUGUAUAAUUAUGUUAAUCAGAAAACAGUAUAAUCAUGAGCAUGCUACUAAAUUUCAUGUCAUUUGUUGAGAGACCUGAAAGUGCUGGACUUGUGUAUGUACUGGUAUAUAUGAUAUGAUCAAGUUAUUUCUUACGUUACAAAGACAAUUUAUUUUGCUAUUUUAGCUAACAAACACUACUUAAGAGCAACAGUGUGUACAUUUGUUGGUUAUUUUUAUACCUUUUUCACUGUUUUUAUUGCUAAAUUCUAAUUUAAUGUGAUCAAAUUAAAUCUAUAAAAUCAU